UCCCGUCCCCCAAGCCCUGUGUCCUGUCCCUCUCACCCACCCCAGGCCCUGUCGUUGUUGUCCCUGUCCCCGUCCCCCCGGUAUGUUCUCUCCCGGCCCUGCCACCGCCUCCGACCGUACUUCCUACUCCUGCCCCGCCCACCAACCCCUAAUCCCCCAAUCAGCAUGUCGCCCGCGUCGCCUUGCCCCAAUCACCACCCGGCACCGUCACGUGCAGCGGGCGGUCUCCCAAUUUCCCGCCCACCUCUUCUCGCCCACCAAUCGCCUCCGCCCUUUCCCUUCCCUCAUCGCCCGAUCCCCGCCCUCCCUGCGUCCUCCGCCAAUCCCAGCAGCUGCCCGCCGACACCAGUUUAACCAAUGGUAGCCAGGGGCGAAGGGGGGUGAGCUGACGUCACGGCGACGCGCGGCGGGCCGGGGUCGCGCCGGCGUUGCCAUGGUGCGGGCGUUCGUGCUGCUUGCUCUGGACCCGCCCACCCCGGUUGGCCACGCCUCCCCGGGCCACGCCUCUCUUGGCCACACCCCGUGCCGCCCCCUCUACACCCGCUUUUUUGGGGACCCCCCCGGGAACUCCCCGGUCCCCGAGGGACCCCCUCGGCAGCGCCUCCGCCGCAAGGAGCAGCUCUUGGCCGUGGGCAGGCAAGUGGCUUCACAGUGCCGGCUGCUUCAGUCCUCCUCGGGGCGCCCCUCCGCCCCCCAGCUCCCCCAGCUCCCCGAUGAGCCCCUGUCGCUACAAGAUGCCCCGGGGGGUCUUUUCCAGCUGCCCCCCGGGGACCCCUUCCCCGAAAGGGUGACGGUAGUUUGGUUAUCGGUGUCGGCCCUCGCUUUCGCCUUGGUUUGUGACCCCCAAGAGAAUCUAUCGUUGGCCGAAAUCACGCUGCGCCGCUUGGCCCCGCGCCUGCUCGCCUCCCUGCGCCUCCUCAGCCCCGGUGCCAACGUCCUGCUCCGACCCGACGCCGCCGACGUCCUCCUCGAUCGGCUCCUGCCCCACGGCCAGAUGCUUUUCCUCAACGAACGUUUCCUCCAGGCGAUGGACCGGGAGAUGGGCAUCAAAACAUCCCGCUGAGCUAAAGCCGCCAUCCCUGCCCGGCACCCCGCGAUAUUUCGGCGGGGAGAGAGAAGGGAAGGAGCCAGAAUGGUCGCCAAGCCCCAACAGGAUGGACAGGAAAAGUGGCUCAAGAAUAAAGAGCAAUGAGCCAGCAAAAA